AGAAAUAUUAUUAAGCAUUGUAGUUAAGUGCAGUAUUUUAAUAUAUAAGUCUUUCGGUUUGUUAACUAAUAAAGGAAACUUAUAUUUCAAACUAAAUGUUUCUAAGUUGUAACCUGGUGUUUUGGUGUGUGUGCGUGUGUGUUUUUAAAAUACACUGAUAAAUGUGGAAAGCUCAUACAUUUGGCAAAGGGUUCACACUGGCAUUGAAAAUGUUGCAACAUUCUAAAAUAUAUGUAUUAGGCUGUAUCACCAAUUUUCCACUUUUUUUUUGCCAUGUACAUUUAAUGUGACCUUUUGUUUCACCUUGUCAGCUUGCAAGUGAAGUAGAAUGAUGAAAGUGCGUAGGCCCGUGUGUAGGUGGUGUGGGAGGAAGCAGCAGCGAACAGUGAGAAGAACCUCUCUGCUGAUAAGCAGCUUCCUGAACAUUCAGGAAAAUGCAGCAGUGUAUAGUAUAGGCAGGGAUUACUACAGAGAGAGAGAGAGAAGGGGAAAGCAAUUCCAAUUUUCUACUGAAUGUUUUAACUUUAACUUUAGAAAUAAACUUCAUGGACUCAGUUUGAGUAACAGUCAGCUGCUGCCGUUGUGGUGUAAAACACAUUUUAAAUGCUUUCCUUUUGUUGGGAGACAGUCCAGCUCAUACAGACGUCCAAACAUCCUUUCCAAUUACCUUGAUGCAUCAUAACCUAGCACACAGAUUUGUUUCCAGUAUGGUCAACCCCUUUUAAAUGUAUUAUCAUUCAAGGGUGCCUUUGCAUCCAAACUACCCACAACAUCGUGAAGCCAGCAGGUAGUGUCAUCGCAGGCCUGCCUUGUUCUGAAAUAUAUGCAGCACAAAGCAUGGUACAGUCUGGGCUAGCUUCCAUUCCAGCGCAUACUGUGAGCUGUCAAGGUCAACAUACAACAGAGAGCAUGGACCACACAUCAACAUUUUCCACAUCAUUCAAAUCAGUGAAACACACCCGUCUUCAGGAAAGGAGAGGCUCGAAUGUAUCUCUUACACUGGAUGUGAGUGCUUUGGGUAAUAUAGAACCCAUCAAGUCUACCCCACGAGAAAUAACUCUGCUGUACCUCAAAACCACCAGUUCUGUGUUAAACAAGGAACAACUCAAAGAAGCCACGAAUAACAUACAAGCACUGGAAGCUGAAUUUUCGAGAAUUCCACCCAAUUUUAUUGAUGCUGAUGAAUUGAAUAUCCCAGGACAUGCUUCUAAAAACAGAUAUAAAACAAUCUUGCCAAACCCACAGACCCGAGUCUGCCUCAAAUCAGGAAAGAACGAUAAUCCCCUGAACUCCUAUAUUAAUGCUAACUACAUUCGGGGGUAUGGAGGAAAGGAGAAAGCAUUCAUUGCUACCCAAGGCCCCAUGAUAAAUACAGUAAAUGACUUCUGGGAGAUGGUUUGGCAGGAGGAUUGUCCAAUUAUUGUGAUGAUUACAAAAUUAAAAGAGAAGAAUGAGAAAUGUGUUGUCUAUUGGCCAGAAAAUCAGGACACCUUUGGCAGGUUUGAAAUUAUUGUAAACAAUACAGAGGAAUGUGAUGGAUACACUAUUCGAGAUAUAAGUAUUAAGAAUGGAGAACAAUCUCGAAAUGUAAAGCACUACUGGUACUCAUCCUGGCCAGAUCACAAGACACCAGAUACAGCACAAUCACUCUUGGAUCUCAUCCAUGAAGUUGAAGAAUGUAGACAAGCUGCAGGAAACAGCGGACCCAUUAUAGUUCAUUGCAGUGCAGGGAUUGGGAGGACAGGUUGUUUCAUUGCUACAAGCAUCGGGUGUCAACAGAUGAAGGAGACCAACGAAGUCGACAUUCUUGGAAUUGUAUGUCAGAUGCGGACAGACAGGGGUGGAAUGAUCCAGACAAGUGAGCAAUAUCAAUUCUUGCAUCAAACAUUAUGUCUUUAUCAAAGCAAUUUCUCGAAGAAACCUGAUUCAUCUUCAACUUCAAAGUGAAGCUCUCCUCUCUCUAUUUAAUAAGGCAAUGGUGAAUGUUUCAAAUAAACUUUAUCUAGGGAACAAAAGAAUAUAGUGUCAUGAAUGUGACAGCAGAAAAUAUACUUCAGCAAUUGCGUUAUUCUAAUUUUAUGGUACAGUAGAUUUCCAUUUAUCUGUAAUGUAAGAUAUUAAAACUAUGAUCUUUGGAUGUCUGUCAGCGGCUCAGUGUCAAUUCCAACAGCAUUUCAGAGUAAGAUACUGAUCAUUUUUCCAAUUAGAUUUUAUAAUAUGGUAGUCUAUCUUUACAACAUCCCAUUUAUGUUUUACACUGUAUUUACACAAGGCACAGAGAACUCUAUGGAAACAUAAAAAGGAUGGAGAUUUAUUUCAUCCAGUUUUAUGCUCCCAAGUCUAAUUCAAAGUCUGUUAAGGUUCCAUCGAUUUGUUUUUAAAUGUAGACUUGCAACACAAAACAUUUACCGAACUAGGAAGAUUAUUGGAAUGGAAAAUGAAGUAUUCACCUUUUGUAAGUUCAGCAAGAGAAGUGAAGUCUUCUGAGCACAAACCACAUCACUGCAAGUGCCACAAUCAUUAAAGUGCUAUGACAAAGUGCCUCAACCCAACUUCAUAGAAAAUCCCUUACAAAACUGCUAUACAGUAGCAGUUAUAGAGCUGUUUUUUUAAAAAUAGGGUGUUUAAUACAUUGAGGAGAGACUUCUGUAAGUAAGAAAUGCUUGAAUACCAUGCAUUUUCAAUUUUGGUAAUUUAGAGCAUGGCAACUUUGCAAUAAUUCAAUAAUUCAUUGUCCAAUCAUUAUUACCUUUUCUCUAGUACUGUCAAAAUUUUCCCUACUCAAAAACACCAGUAUGUCCUGAAAUGUCCAUAAAUUUUGUCAGUCGCAUUUAUUUUAUAAGAGAAGGAAUUGGAGAUAGUUGGAAGACUGAACAAUUAAGAAAAAAAAUAAGAAAGAAUGAGGAUCUUGGAAUUUAUAUCCUUUCUAGAGGAUUUUAAAUCCCAGAAGGUAUUAUGAAACAUCCAUUAAUGCCUGUGUCAAGAGGAUCAAGUUGCUUUGCCAACUAUUUGGACAUGUGGCAGAAUAAUUUCACCUAUUGUGGAGAUACAUUUCCUCAUAAGUCAAACAACAAAUAGCACUCAAGGAAUCUGAAGGUGCCACAUGCUGAACCCUCCUCUCCCUGAGACACAUGCAUUUUGCUUGUUGAAGGAUGAGAAUAUGAUUGUUGAGUUAGGGAGUAAUCAUAAGCCACUAAGACUUCGACCAGAUUAUUGUACUUGCCAAGCAACUAAUUCAUUCAAUUAUUCUUCCCUGAGUUGUAUUUAAGUUUUCACGUUUUAUUUGAAUCAUCAGAACCCAUUCCAGCAGAUCAGAGAUUUUCAAAUGUCAAACACCAGGUUUCUAACAAAUAAUGUGAUUACAGAUGAAUGAGGUUUCCAGUUUACUCAAAUGGACUGCUUUAGAAUACAAGUGAUAGGCCAAAUCAAUCAUUACUUUUAAUGCAGUAAAAUUAUUAAGCCAUUAUAAUCUUACAAUAUUGUAUUGGCUAUUGUAUUUUUCUGGACUAUUUGCCAACAGAGCUCUGGAAUUGCUUGGUGAAAGAUGCACACAUCCAUCCUAUGGUCAAUUCUUUAUAUAUAUUGGCAUCAGUUGUCCCCAUGGAAAAUCUUCUCCCAGAUAGCCUGACUAAGAUACAGAACUUGAUGGCCUAGGCAAAUUUGCAAUUGAAAUCCUUGUUGUACCAUCGGUCAGUGUAGCAUUUAAUAGUAGUUACCACUAUUAUUCGUAGGAAUGGACAUCCAGCUUGUUUAUCCGUAAGCAGUGUUGGCAAUUACUGCAGAAGUCUCCUUCAAUGUAAUUAAUUAUUCUUAGUUCUGCCUUCAUUUCAAGUUAAAUAUAACUGAGUUUCAUUUUCCUCAUUUUAUACAUUUUUUAAUGGAUACCAGGAUAAAUGGAAAGUUAUUGUAAAUGAUGCAUUACAACAUCCAAAAUGGAGACCACUUUAUUUUUAUAUGUACUUUUCAUACUGCAAAUUAAAAUAUCAAUGUUUUUACAGCUUUUAAUAAAAAUCAUAAAAUUUGUUUUUUAAAUAUUUCAGUACUUAAUGAAAUUAUAUAAACUGUAUGGAUUUGAUUUUGUUUAGGAUCUUUAUUUUUUGUAAAGCAAAAUUAAAAAAAAUUCUGAUUUGCACAUUAGAUUUUGUGCUCUUCUGUGCACCAUAUCAGAGUUUGUAAUGUUGAAAAAUGUACUCAAAAGUUGUGAUUUCUUUUCCUUUGUGUUAUUUCUUUGAGUGUGCUGCUACAUUGUUGUAUAGAUAAGAAAACUUAAAUUUGCACAGCUUGAUUCUUUUUUUCUAUAGUGUUUACACUGGCUAUAGGCAAAGAUGAUUUAAUAUUGUGUUACAGAAGGGUGGAUUUCCUACUGUCAAUAAUUUUAGAAAAAUAGUUCUCCAUACUGUGCUUACCCUGUUCUUUUAUGUAAAAUCAUUGAAAACAGGAUUUCCUUUUUAUCCCCAACACUAAAUGUAAUUGGCAUUUAGAAAUAGAUAAGGCAAAUGGCUAAAAUGAAAAUAUAAGGUAUACCUGGGCAUUCCAGAAACCUGACAUCAAAUUCUCAGACAUUCUUACAUAAAUUCCGAAGCACAAUUCGAUUUUGCACUGAGAUUUUAUUUUUACCGAAUGCUGUCAAACCUUGGGACACACUCAAUUCAGCUGUGGAUUUAUAAGCCAAUCCUUCACCUCUCAGCUGCCUCCACUUAGAUAACUAGUCAUUCCAAUUACAUAUUUGUGAUAUCUACUUUAAGAGCAAUAUAUUCCAUUUAUAACCUGUUUGCAGUCUAUUUUGUGUUAGGCACAAAUAAAAGGUCAUUAGAUUUAUUUUAUUUCUUACUUCCCAUGGACUGUUUACACUGGGAUAUGCCACAUGAAUAGUGAAGGAAUAAUCUAUGUUAUGAGGCAGAAGUCGUUUUUUUUUUGUCUAAAGUGGCGUAUCUGUUUGAUGGUGUUGUCUUUCACAACCCUUUGGGUGAGGUAUUAAUGAGACUGUCUGGAUCUAACUGUUACUCUCUUGUCACAGAAAAGAGAUAAUUUGAUCUAUUUGAAUACACUGCACUGACUUGCCCUUCACUGUUGCCUGGCCAUAAUGCUGGAAGCCUCCUAAUAUUCUUUUUGGGUGUACCUACACAACAUGGUUUGCAGCAGUUCAAGAAGGUGGCUCAUCCCCACCUUUUCAAGGGUAAUUAGAGAUAGGUAUUGAAUGCUAUACUUCCUAUUGACACCUACAUCCAAUUAAUAAAAAAAACUGGUGUUAUAUUAAUGACUGGCUGCCUAUCUCUGUCAUGCUGCAUCCUGGCAUGUUGAUGAAAUCUUUUCUCGUAGAUGGUUUACUGCCUGCUUAACAGCCUAAAAUAUAUCAAAUUCACAAUAAAAGUCUUGAUACAUCAACAACUACAGCUGAAAUAUAAAUCCAUACUAAACUAUGACCGUGGUAUUUCCCAGAUAAGGCAAACAUUUUUUGAAAUAUCCAAAGAUUCUCCAAUAUAAUAACUUUGUCAUCCCAUUCUUCAUGUCAUUUUUAUCUUUGCAAUGAUCCAUAAGGUGAAAGAAAUGAAAAAAUAAACUAUUUUGUUUGUUCAGAUCAAAUGGCUGACCUACCUAGUUCAAAGACACAUGUACUAAUAAUUUCAGAUAGAGGGGAAAUGCAACAAUUUAGGGCAACAGAGCUGCACUGUUAAAGUUACUGAAUGUAUACAUGAUGUUUUUCACACAUCUAAGACUUCAGCUAAGACUUCCAAUCCUUCAGUUUCACUUUAAAUCAUUCUUUAAGUCCAACCCAGGUUACGCAAAUGCCAUUUAUAUCUACUAAUUGUUAUUGUUAAGUAGUGUUUAAAAUAUUCUGAUCAUUGUCAUUAUUAAAUAAAACUACCACUUGCCUUUG